AUGGCUUCUAAAACCCUAGCCUACCAUCCUCAAGCAGCUAAAUUCACUCCACUCAUAACUGAUAUAACGACCUGUCUCCUAAAUCUAAACCCACAAAGUCCAAAUCCAUCACGUAUAAAUAAAUCACUAUUAAACCAAUUUUCUUCUCAAUUACACCCAGAAUUAGUAAUUCAGGUCAUAAAAAAACAAUCCAAUCCAUACCAUGCACUCUUCUUCUUCAACUGGGCAUCAAACCCAUCUCCAAACCCUAAAAAUUAUGUCCAUAGCCACCAUUGUUAUGUUGCCAUUACUGACCACCUUCUCUCACACUCAAUCUUCGACGCCGCGUCUUCUCUUCUUGAAAAUGCUAAUAGAUUCUCUGAUUUAAUGGCCAGUAAGUUUAUAAUUGCGUACGGUAAUCAUAGAAAUGUUGACAAGGCAAUGGAUUGGUUCUGUAAGGCGAAAACUUUUGGAAAUGGGAACGUUUUGUUUUCUUAUAAUGCAAUUUUGAAUGUUCUAGUUGAUGGUGGUCGGAUUAGUUUGGCCCAGUCAAUUUUUGAUGAGAUGGUGCGUAGUGUUUCAGUGAAGCCUGAUGUUUCGAGUUAUUGUGUAAUGAUUAAGGGUUAUUGUAGAAUUGGGAAAUUUGAGAACGCGUGGAAGGUGUUCGAUGAAAUGUCUGAACCAAAUUUGGUUUGUUAUAAUACUAUGAUUAAUGGGUAUUGUAAGAAGGGAGACAUGAAGAAAGCGAAAGAGGUUCUUUAUAGGUUGAUGGAGAGUAAGCAUUGUUUGCCUGAUGCGGUUUCUUAUACUACUUUGAUUGAUGGGUAUUGUAAAAAAGGUGAACUUGAUGAGGCAAUGAAGUGGAUGAGUGAAAUGAAGAUUCGGUGUUGUAAGCCCAAUUUGUUGACUUAUAAUGCGUUGAUUUAUGGGUUGUGUAUGAAGGGGGAUGUGGAUAAGGCUAAGAGGUUGAUGACGGAGAUGAGAUUAAAUGGAGUGAGAGAGAAUUUUAGUACUCAUUUGAGUAUAUUAAAGGGGUUCUCGUGGGCGGGAAAGUCGGUUGAAGGUGUUAACUAUUUCAGGGAAAUGAUUCGGAAAGGAAUGAAACCUGAUGCGAAAGCGUAUGCAAUUGUUAUCAAUGGGUAUUGCAAGAUUAGGAAACUAAAUGAGGCAAUUGCCCUAUUAAAGGAAAUGCAGGCAAAAGGCAUUCAUCCUAGCGUUUCGAGUUUUAAUGCGGUGUUUAGGAUUCUUAUGGAGCUUGAGGAGUUUGAUACGGCGAUUUUUCUUGUGAGGAAGAUGAAAGCAAUGGGUUGCAGACCAAAUCUCGUGUCAUACGACAUAGUGAUUAGCGGUCUCUGUAAUACUAAAGGUAGAAUGCAAAAUGUUAAAGAGCUUCUUGACAACAUGUUUCACAAUGGUCUUGCGUGUGAUGCAGCAAUGUAUAAUUCCUUAGUUAAGGGAUAUUGUGAGAAUGGAAACGAGGAAGUGGCUAGGCUGGUAUUUUAUGAAGCAAUUGAUAAGAAUUAUGUCGUUAAUACAGAGAGCUUUUCGGUUUUUGUCAAGAAGUUGUGUGAAAACGGGAAAGCUUUUCAGGUCGAAAAUAUGUUCGAGGAGAUGUGUAAGAGAUGUUGUGUAGCUGAUGUGGAUAGUUACAGAAGGAUACUAGAUGAGCAAUUAGUAGCGUAUUCGAGUGGAGGAAGUUGA